UGCAUUUGAUAGUGUAACGCCGGUAACUUCCGGCGGUUGUUAGGCAGUCUUUUGAAAAUGAGGUAGUCGGAUAAAUAAAACCUCUGUAAAAUGCUUCAAUUGCAGGUUUUAUUAAGUAAGGAUCAGAACUGUGGAAUGAGUAGGGUCUUUUAGAGCACACCACGGUAUCUUUUUCUCUGUGUUUUCACCGGACUAUGUUUAAAAAGAUGACUGAAUUUGGUCCAGAUUCCGGGGGGAGAGUUAAGGGAGUAACCAUUGUGAAGCCUAUCGUGUUUGGAAACGUCGCCCGCUACUUUGGUAAAAAGAGAGAAGAAGAUGGACACACACAUCAGUGGUCUGUUUAUGUGAAACCUUACAGGAAUGAGGAUAUGUCUGCGUAUGUGAAGAAGAUCCAGUUCAAACUACAUGAGAGCUAUGGUAACCCACUGAGAGUGGUGACCAAGCCUCCUUACGAGAUUACAGAGACAGGCUGGGGCGAAUUUGAGAUCAUCAUUAAGAUCUUCUUUAUCGAUCCCAAUGAGAGACCUGUGGCUCUGUACCAUCUGCUGAAGCUGUUCCAGUCAGACUCCAGUGCCAUGCCCAAAAAGACAGUUGUGUCUGAGUUCUAUGAUGAAAUGAUUUUCCAGGAUCCUACAGCCAUGAUGCAGCAGCUACUGACCACAUCAAGACAGCUCACACUAGGAGCAUACAAGCAUGAGACAGAGUUCAGUGAGCAAGAGCAAAGGACCAAGGAGAAACUGGAAGCAGCAAAGAAGAGAACCAGCCAGGAGAUCACUGAGCUGAAAGACAAACUAAAGGCCAGCAGAGAAAACAUCAACCAUCUGAAGGCAGAGAUCAGGAAACUGGAGGAGGAUGGGGACCACAAGGAGCACUGAGAAGUACACAAGGGCAGCACAGGCUUGAACACAUUAUGAUAGGACUGUCCUGUAGUUAACAACUCAUUUUUUUGGGGGUUUCUGACACAUAACUGAAAAAACAAAGGCCUUGUUGUUAUAAAUAUUCUAUAAUUUGUCUUUUGCUGCAUUAGUUUUGUCCAAUUAUUUUGACACAAGUGAGACUGUGUAGGAAAUUAACCAGUAUUUCUGUGAACAGAUUUUGAUGUAAAAAGCUGAUUUGUUUUUACUGAUUUUGUGGUUUUCUACAUAAAGAAACUGUUUCAAGUAUCCUA